AUGACAAAUGUCCUCAGCAGCAGGAUCAACUCUUCACCAACAGUAAAGGGCUUAGCUUUAGCAAGAGGGUUAGCCACUAAGAAUAAGGUUUGCCGUUCAGACACAUUUAAUGAAGUGGUGGCCUUCAAUAAUUGCUUCGGUUCACUUUUUUUUCUUUUGAAAAACUCCAAAGGCUUGUCUUCUAACGCAGGGUGCUUGGUCUCCAUGUGGCAAAGCAGUUUUGAAGGCUCCAUGGCUUUGUUGGAUAGCCAGUUGCCCGUAUUAUACAACACAGUUUUAGAGUGUGAACCACCUGAUAUGAUAAACACAUAA